CCUUUCCUCUUCCUUCACUCACCUCUACUCUCCCCCGUAACCUCUCAAAGUUCUAUUUUUGUGAUAGACUUCAAUUCUUCAACCACCCACCACCCUACUUCAACUUUCCGUUUCACAAAAUGCCUUCCCUUACUCCAGUUGCCUUCUACGGCCUUGAGGUGCCAUGUGGCGAUGAGAUCAUCCCCGCGGUCCCAGACUUCCCAGCAACUUUCCGCAUUACCAUGGCUGCGAUUGACCCAAGCGCACCAAUUGACCCAGAGGCACCCAAGGGCAGCGUUGCGCGCGCAACUCUCAAGCUGAUCCGCGAGCCGAUUGGCCCCAUGGAUGAUGAGGAUGAUUCGGAGGGUGAUGACGAUGAUGAAUACAUGCGUGCUCUGCUUUCCGGACCGGACUCAGAGGAGGAUGAGUCGGAGGAGGAUGAGGAGGCUGGACCCAGCGACCCUGCCAAGUCGAAGAAGGCCCGCAAGCAGGCUGCCCUUGAGGAGCUUUUGGCCUCGAUUGACAAGGACGAUUCCGAUGAGGAUAUGGAGGAUGAGCCCAAGAAGGUGAAGGGUAAGGCCAAGGCCGCUGCUGAGGAUGAUGAUGAGGAGAAUUCCGAUGAGGAUGAUGAGGAGGAUAUGGAGAUUGAGGAGUUUGUUAUCUGCACAUUAGACGCAGAGAAGAACUUCCAGCAGGCUAUCGACAUCACCAUUGGAGAGGAUGAGCGUGUUUUCUUCAAGGUCACCGGAACCCACUCCAUCCACCUUACCGGAAACUACCUCAUUGCUGAUGAGGAUGAGGGACACAACCACCACCACCGUGUCUACGACUCCGAGGAUGAGGAUGACGAGGAUGAUGAGGACUACGACCUGUCCCCCGAUGAGGAUGAGCUCCUUGACGAUGAUGAGGAGAGCGAUGAGUUGGACACUCUUGACGACCCCCGCGUCCUCGAGCUUGAGGACGAUGAGGAGGUCCCCGCGCUUGUCACCAAGGCUGACAAGAAAGGAAAGAACAAGCGCGCCGCUGAGGAGCCAGCUGAGACUCUCGAUGAGAUCAUGGAGAAGACCAGCACCAACGGCGAGAAGCUGAGCAAGAAGCAGCAAAAGAAGCUCAAGAACAACAAGGGUGAGGCUAUCGCUUCCGAGGCCGCUGCCACCGACAAGGACGCCAAGAAGGUCCAAUUCUCAAAGAACCUUGAGCUAGGCCCAACUGGAUCCGAGGCCCCAAAGCCUGCUGCCAAGGGAAAGGCCGAGCUCGGCGUCAGGACCGUCAAGGGUGUCAAGGUUGACGACAAGAAGAUUGGUUCCGGACCAGCUGCCAAGAAGGGCGACCGUGUCGGCAUGCGCUACAUCGGAAAGCUCACUGAUGGCAAGGUCUUCGAUGCCAACAAGAAAGGCAAGCCAUUCAGCUUCAAGCUCGGUGCUGGAGAGGUCAUCCAGGGCUGGGACUUCGGUAUUGCCGGUAUGCAGGUUGGUGGUGAGCGUCGUCUCACCGUCCCCGCAAACUUGGCAUACGGAUCCAAGUCGCUCCCAGGCAUCCCGGCCAACAGCACUCUCGUCUUUGACGUCAAGAUGUUGGAGAUCAAGUAGACGACCGCACUUCAAAAGGCGGCCGUGGACAGUUGAUCGACCACACGCCGUUUCAGAGAUGAUCUCAAGUAAUUGGAUCUCUUGCCACUAAUGUAAAACUCGAUAAUGGCGCUGGUGCAACGUGUUCCAAGGGCAAAUUUUCUUUUUAGUUCCGACACCUAGUCGGUGUGGUGUAUUUUGCAUCUGUCCCCGACCUGAGCAGUGGUUAUGGCCCAGGUCUUUAUAGACUUUGUGGAUGUGGGGGAUAUGCUCAUGGGAUGAUGGGGUUUGUGCAUAAUAUGGCGUUUUUAUCCAAAAAUCAUCUUUGCUUUUUUACAGAAUUUUGCUCAAUUUCCAAUACGUAGAGCAUCUAAAUUGAAUUGAAGUUGUCGUUAACU